AUGCGUGCUUCUCCUACUAGCAAAUUAAGUGCAGAGAAAGUGUGGAAGGGAUCUGCAGUUCGUUACUCUCUUGGAAAUGUGAAUGCUGUCGUGGCAGUUGGUGAAACCACCGGACAAGUAACAUUCGCUGGUCUGCCAAAGUUAAAAUCGGGAAUCAUGCAAUAUGAGGUGCUGGCGACAAAUAGGAUGGAGACAACAAAAGCAAAGUUGACCGUCGUCAUUGAAACCGAGUCUGAUUGUUGUGCGCGGAUGGAGUUCGAGAAAUCGGAGUAUCACCUACAAAUGGGCUCCUUACCGGUGCUAGGAACCAUUAGCGUCCGCGGUCAACAAAGGCCUCAUUAUAGGCUCAUGAACUUGAAUCACCGACAUUACGUUGUGAACGCUGACAAAGAGAAAAACUUCGAAGCAGCAAAGUCACCGGCUCCGAAAAGGGCAGCUGGAGCUCACCUAGUGCCGGUGACGGUCACCACACAAGACGGGGCGCCUACGGUGUAUUUCUAA